UUAUAUCAUUGUCCUCAUUUUCAAUCAUAAACUACAAUGCUAAAUAGUAACUAGUAAGCACCACUUCACAAAAAUACACAAACAAACACUAUGAAAACAUUCAUCCUCUCAUUAUCUAUCCUUCUUCUUCUAUUCCAUUUUACUCCUACUAUUAGUUCAUCAUCCACCCCAUUUACACCCGAAUCGCUUCCUACUAAAUCCGGCUACUUAGUCGUAAACUCGACUUCUAAGUCGUCGAUUUACUACACUUAUUAUGAAGCACAGCAACCUGUUUCAACACUUGAAAAAACUCCACUUCUUGUAUGGCUCCAAGGAGGUCCUGGUUGUUCCUCUAUGGUUGGGAACUUCUAUGAGCUCGGCCCGUGGCGGGUUAACCAUAAGAUUGAGUUAGAAAGAAAUAAAGGCGCAUGGAAUCGAAUAUUCGGGCUUUUGUUCUUGGAUAAUCCAAUUGGGACAGGGUUUAGCAUUGCUGCUACACCAGAGGAGAUUCCAAGGGAUCAACAUGGUGUAGCUAAACAUCUUUUUAUUGCUAUUAAAUCAUUUCUUGCAUUAGAUAAAGCUGUAUUUGGAAAUCGACCCGUUUAUAUUACUGGUGAAAGUUAUGCAGGAAAAUAUGCUCCUGCAAUAGGGUAUUACAUAGUAAGGAGAAAUAGUGAGCUACCAGAAACUGAGAGGGUAAAUUUUGGUGGAAUUGCAAUUGGAAACGGGUUAACUGACCCGAUAACCCAGGUGACAACCCAUGGGUUGAAUGCUUAUUUUAGUGGGUUGGUGAAUGAAAAGCAGAGAUUGCAGUUAGAGGAAGGUCAAAGGGCGGCGGUAAAGUUGGUUAUGGAGAGGAAGUGGACUGAGGCAACUGAUGCAAGAAGUAGAGUAUUGAAUUUGCUCCAAGAGAUGACAGGGUUGGCUACUUUGUAUGAUAUCAGAAGGAAAAUACCCUAUGAGUCGUACUUGGUAGAGCGGUUUUUGAGCAGUUCUGAGGUCAAGACGGCGUUGGGGGUGAAUAAAUCCAUGGUUUGGGAGGACUGCAGUAAUAUAGUAGGCGAGAUUUUACAUGAAGAUGUAAUGAAGAGUGUGAAGUACAUGGUGGAAAUGUUGUUGCAGAAGACCAAGGUUCUGUUAUAUCAGGGGCAGUGUGACCUGAGAGAUGGGGUGGUUUCCGUAGAGGCUUGGCUGAAGAAGUUGAAGUGGGAAGGGGUUCGGAAGUUUGAAGAUGCAGAGAGGAAAGUGUGGAAAGUAGAAGAGGAGGUUGCCGGGUAUGUGCAGAAAUGGGGGAGUUUGACUCAUGCUGUAGUGUUGGGAGCAGGACAUUUUGUGCCCACUGAUCAGGCUGUUCAUUCGCAGGUCAUGAUCGAGGAUUGGAUCCUUGAAAAAGGAAUUUUCGCAAGAGAUGAAAUUGAGAUUGAAUCACGAUGUCCAAAGAAUUUUCUUUGAAAAUGCUGAAGGAAUUAUUCUGUGAAUGCUAGUCCUAGACGCUUCAGCAAGCAAAUAACAGUUGCGUAACUCUAGCUUUGAAUUGUCAAAAUUGAAUAUAUAUGUACCAUUGUCUUUGACAAUAUGAUCUUGAAAGGUUGUGUGACAUAUAAAGCAGUGAUCUGGGAAAGUUCAAGGAUUGGUAAGAUUGGUACAGAUCAUUCUAUGACCAAUAACUCUUUACAAAAAUGGUAAGAUCAGUAGAUGGGUAAAGACAUUGAGCUUUGAUCGUGUAAUACUAGCAGGCUGUAUCGACAAUCUUAUAUUGGUUUCAGAUAUGAAUUUGCAGCCGUUACCAUUGGUAUGUUAUGUCAA